AUGGAGGAAUAUAAUAUCAUCUCUAAAGAACAAUCUUUUGGUUCUAGUAAAAAGAUUCAAUUAAUCAAUAUGACACCUAUGGAAUCACUUUUAACUGUAAUCGACUAUUCUAAAAAACGUCAUCAUAUACAACAAGAAGCUAUGUCUAUUAAAAGCAUUUUAGACAAUCAUGAUGAGCAGAAUGAAAUGAAUCGUCCUUUAAAGAGAGCUUGUUAUCAUAAAGAAGAGAGAAAAGAUCUAGUGACGAUGACGUGUUAUCAUGCAUCUAUAGCACAGAAAUCGUAUGGUACAGAGAAGCGAUUUCUUUGUCCACCACCCAUCGUGAUGAUUUCAAAUACAAAUCAAAAUCCAAUUGUAUCAAUGUCAGUUGUAUGCGAAACCACACAAUCACCUUUAAUAGAGCAACGUACAUUAUUAGAUGAACAUAAACAGGGGAGUUUCAAAUAUUUAUUCGUCAAUGGUACAGCAAAGGCAAAACAAUUUUGUCUUCGAGUUCAUCUCAACAAUCCUCCUCAUCCAACGUUUUAUAGUAAUCCAAUUUCCAUCAUAUCAAAGCCAUCUAAAAAGACAACAAAGUCACGUAAUAUUUCAACGUGUUUAUUUAAUCAUUCAUACGUUUCUUUAUUUAAUCGUAUUAAUUCUCAAACUGUACGCACCAAAUAUUUAACCACUGAAAAUAACCAAUUCUGUGCAAAGCAUUCUUCGUGGUCUCCAUUUGAAAUCAUCAUUCUGGGACAAAGGUCUUCUAGUGGGGGCUAUGAUGGUAGUGUAGCUAUUACGUAUGGUACGGAAAUUAUAUUAAAAGAUAUUCAUUCAAACACUUCUUCUCCGCCCCUUAUUAUUCGCAAAGUGAAUAAAGGUCAGAUUAUACAUGAUGAUUCAUAUGGUUUAGUAAGUCAAAUGCAAAAGAUUGUACUUCAAUUAGCUUCUACAACUACGCCUUUAUAUUUAAAUUCAAAUGGAAAUCCAAUGACUUCUUCUACUUAUCAACAUACAAACGCUUGGACUAAUUUUGUUGCUUCUAAAAUGGAAAAGGAUAAGACUGAAAGAGUAGAUGAUUACCUUUGCUGGACAAUCAUAGGUAUUUCUAAAUUUGAAUGUCAUUAUCCAGAGGUACAACAACAAUCCGCUUCAUUCAAUCAUCACCCUACAACAUUGAAACAACUUUCUCCUCCACCUUCUCCACCUACAACUCGAUCUAUUAUACCUUAUCCAAUCAUUUCUUCUAUUCAAUAUAUCGCUUCAUCUCAUUCUUUAAACAUCACGGGUGAAAAUCUAAUUGAACCUGCUCCUUAUUUAAAGGCAGUCACCUUUUGGCUUGGUGCUUAUGGUCCAUUAAAGAGUCAUAAAAUGGAUAAAGAAGGACAUCGAUUUAGUAUUUCACUUCCUGAUACUCAAGAAUUACUUGUUCUAAAUCAUGAUAUGUUAAUAACAAGAUUGGAUGGUUCUCGUUAUUUUGAAUUACCUUUAUUAUUUGCUCUCCAUGAUGGAUUUACUUAUUAUUCAAGAAAGACAUUAUGUUGUGAUAUUGCUGCUAAUUAUGAAUCAAAGGAAAACAAUGAGUCUUAUUGUGUAGCCCUAAUGAAUCCUAUUUAUAUUGACCCUUAUGCACAUCUUGCACAUACAAGACGUUGGUUGUCCAAUAAUAAUUCAAAAAAAACGAAACCAUUAUAUGCAGAAAAGAGACAACAACAACAACAACAACAACAACAGCAACUAAUAAAGAAAUUUGAUAUCCAAGUGAUUGACACCUUUUGUUUUUAUUGGCCCAAGAUGCAUUCUUAUGUCUUGGCACGUGUAUUAGAAAAGACAAUCGCCAUCUUACCUCUCCAAUCUUCUCGACUCGCUUUUCUUUAUUUUCAUCAUCCUCCUCCUCUUCAACAUGUUUCUCCACAAGAGCUUCGUAAACAAACAGCAUCAAGUGAUGAUCGUUCAACAAACAGAAUUCAAACCAUGUUCAAAAGUUGGAAACACACUCUAGUUAUUGAUGAUGAUACUCAAGAAGACUUGUCAAAUAAAGAUGACGACAACGACAACGACGAGGAGAAGGAGGAGGAGGAGGAGGAACAGACAUCGACGCUUUCAACUAAUUCCUCUAAUUCGACAAACGAUACCUUUUCAAACAAUAAAAAAGUCACCCUAAGUGAUGUCAUUUCUAAUGAACCUAAUCUAUAUGAUGGUUGGAUUCACGCCUCUUGCACAGUGACUGAUGAUAAAAAAAAUAGAUUUGACAAUACUAUCUUCUUGAUAACAAAACAUACUCAUUUACGUUUCACCGCUCGAUGUUUUUCUGAAAAAAUGAUGUUUAUGAAUCUUGUCAAAUUAAAACAUAAUCAUCAGUUCAGAAUAGCAAAUGAGUCAUCUAAAGUAAAAGACGUUUCUAUAUUAAAGGAAGAAAAUGGAGUAAAUAAUACUGAAGAAGAUCGAAUAUUACCUUCAAUAACCAACAUAAGUGCAAAUGAUAUACUAAGUCAAUUUGAAACAAAAACGAAUUGUCAAUUAGAAAAUAUACAUGGCCUUAUUCGUAGAAUCAAUAUGGCAAAAGAAGAGAUAUCGACUUAUUAUCAUCAAUUAUUAGAAUUAGAUCAAUCUUUAGAUACCUUUAUGGAUCAUACAUUCAAUAUACAAUUUGAGUCACCCAAGCGAGUUUUGGACUUUGUUAACCAUCAAUUAGCGGAUUCUAUCACUCAAUUUCAGUCAAAUCAAUCUCGUAUCUCUCUUUUACAAGAACGUGUAACGGUCCAUGUUGCGUUCUUUAAAGAAGCAAAGUUUGGAAUCAUGCUUGGCAUCCUUUGUUAUUUAUAG